GAGUGACGCACAUACGUCUUGUACUCGCAGGCCUACGCGACGCGCGAGCGGAGAAUCAACUGAUGCUGUGUGUAAAUGAACUCUUUACGUGAUUUCCCAGGAUUUCCACGCCGCGAAAUGUAUGAAGAGAUGUCAGUAGAAAGAAACUGGACGGACACCGAGACGAGGGCGCUGCUGUACAUCCGACAGGACGAAGAAAUCAGUAGGCAAAUCAGCGGAACGGUUCGCGACUCUCUUAUUUACGCUGAAAUAUCUAGGCUUCUGCGGGCGCAAGGUAUCCACAGAACCAAGCAACAGGUCACCAACAAACUGAAAACACUCAAGCAGAAGUUCCUGAAAAUACACGAGCAUCACAAAAACAACGGCCACGGCAGAGUGUACUGGAAUUACUAUGAUCUCUGCAAGUCCAUCUGGGGCAGCAAGCGCUCCACAGACGCUUUAACACUUCAUAAUAACGUGAAGCUCGAAGAGCCCCAAAGUACAUCCAUCGAGGACGCGAGGAACGAGAGCACAUCCACAGACAUCGAGGUGUCAGUCAGUCACGACGAGGAGACGAAUGACACGACAGACGUUGUUACUCAACCUGUGAAGAAGAAGGCCAAAAAACAUUCCAUUAGUGACUCUGUGAGAGCUCAAGAACCACUCCACGUGCAGAAGCAGAGGGAGUAUGAGGAACGCUUGCGAAGAGAAGCCAGAGAAGAGCAGAAGGAGGAACGAGCAAGUCUUAUGGCCAUGUGGAAGGAGAUGAUGGAGUUUCACGGGAACCUCUUAAAGGAGUUUAUUCACCGCCCUUCUCUGCCUUCACAUCCAUCUUACCACAGACAUGCUCUUCACAACCAAGGAUGCUCUAGUUUUCCAAGCACUGGCUACAUGGCACCGUACGACUCCCCAGGAACUGAAUCUGAGAAUGAAAGUGCAAUCUUACAUGAGGAAGAGGAGCAGGAGGAAGAGGAGAAAUAUGUUAUUCCAGCUGAGAUUGCACCAGUGUUGGACGUUCAGCCUGUUAACUGUGCAAACGACAGCCAAUCAAACACAGCAGAGACUGUUUCACCCCCACCUACACAAUCAGCAGGAAAGAGCGAUCUGGAGAUGUCUGUGCUACGCAGACAGGAAAUGGUCUUACAGCUUCAGGAAGAAUACUAUUUACUCAAAAUCAAGCAUCUGAAACACAAGAUGGCCAAGGAUCGCUGACCGAACGAGGAGUGUUAACUGUUA